UCAGACUGAUAAACCCACUUGCUCUGUGACCUACUUGAAUCACAUAAAGGUGGAUGUUCGUCUGAUAUUUUACAAUCCGCAAUACAUAGCCUACACAGCAAUACGAUGGAGAAGGUAAUACUAUUGAUGGCUGUGUUCACAACAUGUUGCUCAAUCCCUAAAGAUCUCUCAGGCAAAAUGCUCACUUUUCCUAAAGAAACCGUCACAGAUCAUGUAAAAUUAAUGACACCAAAGACCAGAUUCCAGGCAGUUACAGCCUGCGUCAGAUCCUUCACAGAUAUCACUCGGGACUAUGCGAUCUUCUCACUGGCUACUCGCACCCAUAUAAAUGCCUUUGGGAUUUUCAAACUUGAAGCAACUUCAAUCAGGAUGCUGGUUCAGGAUGCCGUGGCUGAUUUCCCCAUGAUGUUUAUACCAUUGAACAAGUGGGUCUCCAUCUGUGGCACAUGGUCUUCUGAGACUGGGCUGACUCAAGUGUGGCUCGAUGGCCAGCCUAGCUCUAGAAGGUUUAUACAUCAAGGAGAACCCCUCAAUGAAGCGCCAAUCACUAUCCUGGGUCAGGAACAGGACUCCUAUGGUGGCGGGUUUGACUUGAAACAAUCAUUUGUGGGGAUGAUGCAGGAUGUCCACAUGUGGGACUCUGUCCUCUCCCCAUGUGAAUUAAGGCGCUAUGCCAGUAACCGCAAUUUUACCCCAGGAAAUGUGUUGAAUUGGAGGGCAAUGGAAUUCCAGAAAAUUGGAAAGGUGCAAGAGGAAGACAACCAAGAUCAGUGCACAGCAUAAUGAAACAUAACUGCCUAUUACAUGGGGUAACACUGAAGAUAAAAAAUUAAAUGGGAUAAAAGACUUUAAAACCAAUUUAAGACUUUCAGGCACAGUCUUAAAUUGGUUCAGAUCCUACCUACAAAAUAGGAACUACUUUGUUUCCAUCGGCGACUUUGUAUCAGAAUCAACCAACGUGAUGUGUGGAGUCCCACAAGGUUCGAUCUUAGGACCCUCUUUAUUCAACAUCUACAUGCUCCCACUAGGGCAAAUCAUGCAUAAUAACAAUAUUGACCAUCAUUGCUAUGCUGAUGACACGCAAAUCUAUGUAUCGCUAUCACCAAAUGACUAUCGGCCCAUAGAUCUGCUGUGCCAGUGCAUUGAGCAAGUGAAAGACUGGAUGUGCCGAAAUUUCCUUCAGCUAAAUGAGGAUAAAACAGAGAUAAUUGUAUUUGGUGCUAAAACGGAAAGGCUUAAAGUAACCCAACACCUUCACUCUCUGUCCCUGAAAACCUCAAUCAAAGCCAGAAACCUAGGGGUUAUCAUGGAUUCUGAUUUACAUUUCGAAAGUCACAUCAAAUCAGUUACAAAAUCUGCAUAUUAUCACCUUAAAAAUGUAGCAAGACUUAGAGGGCUCAUGUCCACAGAAGACUUACAAAAACUUGUACAUGCCUUUAUCACUAGUAAGCUUGAUUACUGCAAUGGUCUCCUUACAGGUCUCCCAAAACAAACUCUAAGGAAGCUUCAGCUUGUUCAGAAUGCUGCUGCUAGAGUAUUAACAAAGACCAAAAAAUUUGAACAUAUUACACCAAUUCUUAAAUCGUUACAUUGGCUUCCUGUAGGUCAGAGAAUUGAUUUUAAAAUCAUGUUGCUAACCUAUAAAUCCCUACAUGGUUUAGGCCCAAAAUAUUUAACUGAUAUGCUUCCACUACAUAAGCCUUCUAGAACACUAAGAUCUUCUGAGACCAAUCUGUUAAUUAUCCCCCGAGUAAACACAAAACAUGGGAAAACAGGAUUUAGUUACUAUGCAACAAAUAGCUGGAAUAAACUCCCUGAGGAUUUAAGACUUGCCCCAACUCUGAGCACCUUCAAAACAAGAUUGAAGACUUUUAUGUUUGCUUUAGCUUUCUGCUAAAUCUUAAAUACUUUAGCUUUAUUUUACUAAAAUGCCUUUUUAACUCACUUUCAAUUUUACUUACUAAAAAGCCUUUUUAACUUUCUAUUUUACUAAUUUCUUUGCAUAUGUUUUCUUUUCUUUUUUAAUGUAUAACAAUGUUUAUAUGUGAAGCACUUUGAGUCUGCCUUGUGUAUGAAAAGUGCUAUAUAAAUAAAGUUGCCUUGCCUUGCCUUGCCUUGCCUAAACAAGAUUUCUUUAUUUUAUUUCUUUGAAGUUGGCGAUAAUAUGAAAAACAUCACCACCACAUAACUAAAACAUGGCAGGAAAUAUAGGCAGCACAUAAUGCAUGAGUAAGCAUUUCUGUGACUUCUAUUUACAUAUCCACAUUUUGAACAGGGUAAAGAGAUAUUAAUUAGAGCACAAACAUGAAAUAUGGGCUAAUGGGCCAUGAAAACAUUAAUGUAGAAAAUAAUGGUUAAGUUUAAGAAAUUGGUACAAAGAACAUCGUACUGUCCCAUCUUCA